UGCACUGCAUUCUAAUGAAUCCUCAAUGUUCUUCUGACCGAAUCUUUUCAGUGAGAGCGAGGUUUCUGGAUCUUUUUAGAACGAUUGUAAUUUAACACAUAAUGCGAUGACAUUUUGCACACGAAAACUGCAUUCAGCAUCAUAUGAAAAGAAAUCAGUGUCACCUCUGUCGCUGCUGUCACGCUCAUUCUUGACAACGUCGUUAGUACCCAGAUGACUUCAUACACCUAAAUAUCGUUUUACUGUAUCUCACUCAGAGAGGGUUACCACCGGGGCUCGGACAGAAAUAUCAAGCAACAGAUAAUCCGAAGGAUCAACAGUUUGAUUAAAGGUUACAAUACACAAUCCAUUAAGAUUUUACCUGCAGAGGUAAAACAGCUAACAGCUCUUUGCUAAACAACUCUUGACCAGUUGGUUAUCUGUGUCAUGCAGCAGAAAGUGUGCACACGCAACACAGCGCUGUUUGUGAAGAAUGGGCAGGCGUGUGGAGCCGGAGCCCCUCCUCAACUUCCUUUCCGCUGCCCUCGAUGUGGAGAGCAUGAACGUUUCCACACUCUGUCUUCUCUCAGAGCUCACCUAGAAUACAGCCACCCGUUCCACACUAAACAUGACAUCAGCCUCCUAUCCACAAGAGAUCUCUCUAACACAGAGCGCAUGGAAAGUUGCAAACCCUCCAAUACGGACAUGCAUAAAGUACAUGACGCCGGCACAAAUACUAACUCCACUGCGAGGGGAGAGCACAAGCACUUAUUCGGCGCUGACCGAAGUCCAUCGCAGCAGCCCGCAGAGAGGAGGCUCAGCGUUGGGGACGCGCCGGCCGGAGCCGGACUCCUCUCGGCUCCUGUGGCAUCAGUGGAGAAGAGGCUGGAGGGGAUGAUGAGGACAGCCAACAGCAGCAUGGAGCGACGUCUGCUGCGGCUGAGCUCAGAGCUGGCACAGACAGACACGGCUAUCCUGUGUGAGCGCGCUCACUCGCAUCACCUGGCCCAGGAGAAACAGGAAGUGCUGGAGCGAGAGCGGGCGCUCAGCAGACAGGUAGACGCCGCCGUUAUGGUGAUCGCCACACUGAGGCAACAGCUCAGCAUCUCAGAGCACGAGUUGGAGAGGAGAGAACAGGAAGUUCUCACCAUCCAGAAGUUUCUGGAAGCAGCGGCGCAGCAUGAGAUGUGUGGGAAGGCUCGUCUGCGGCGGUUCAUUGAGAGCCUCUUGCGGAGGAUUUCUCUCGCUGAGAGACUUCUGGAAUAUUAUCAGAGCACCCCCCACAGGCAUUAUUGCACGGCUCACUCUGUGCCUCUGCCAUCAGAGCUCGGUCCACAUAGAAUAACACAAAGCAGGUCUUCAGGAGACCAUCUUGAGCAGGAUGAAGAGCAGCAGUUACUUGGUCAGUCUGGAUGGGGACUGUGUAAAGGUUCCUCUGGGAGACUGGGUUACGACAGCUGGUCCCAGCGGAGGAGGUCAGAUGGGUACGAGGUUUAGGGACAGAAGUGGAGCUUAGCAAUGAAUGUACAUGCAAAUAACACUAUUUCAAAUAUUACUGAAAUAUGGUGACUAUAUUAAUAACUAUACAGUGGAGUCCAAAGUCUGAAACCAGAUUGAAAAUCGUAUUUUUUUCUGGUAAUUACAAUACGGUAGGUCUACCAUUUGGAUGAGUGUUUUUUUUUUUAUUAUUAUUAUUAUUUAUGUAGCACAUACUUGUUUUGUUUUAUUAACAAGGAUUCAUUAAAUUGAUGAAAAGUGACAGUAAAGACAUUUCUAACAAUUAACGAGAUUUAAAGGAAUGAUAACUUGCAGCUGAGUAGGCGAGUCAGAUGUUGAUUUAGUAACCAUACUGAGUUUUCAUGAUUACAAGAACCUGACCAAGUCUGCCUGUAUGUUUGUUUUUACAUGCAAAGUAAACAAUGCAGGUUGCCAUAUGCUAAGAAAUGUUGAUAUUCAUGUUAACUUUUCACUAGAAGCAGACUUUUGGACACCACUGUAUGUGAAUACGAAUUGUACAAAAGCCCAAUAAACAACAGCGAUGUCCGACUACAGAUGGCAGAUUAGUUAUUUGAUAUUUGAAUGUGAUUAUAGUCCAUCUGUGAAGUAUUUUAAUGAUACGAUUGGCUGUAGAAUGAACACAUGGUGAAGCUGCCCUUUAAUUCAAACAGAUACAGCUGUCAUUACAAGUCAGUACUAACAUGAAGCGAAGCUAUAGUUAGUAAUGUUACACGCUUGAUGUUUUCUAACUAACGCUACUGUUCAGGAAAAUGAAUGUAGUUAUAUUAUCUAAACGCAGGAUGCUGUUAAAACAAAACCUGUGACGUAAAGGUCGGAUCUUAUGCCACUUAAAGCUUGAAAAUGCACUUUUUCAGCAAGAAGAAAAAGUAUGUAGCAAAUAUCGAAAUCAUUUUUUUUUUUUUUUUUAAGGUGCUGUUGUGUAUUUUUAACAGUGGUGCUACAUUUUAAGGGAUGAAUAUACAUUUCCCUGCUUAUGUUAGCCAGCCUCAUUAGAAGGAGAGAAAGAGAAAACUGUAACAGAGAAGAAAGUUCUCUUUUGUUUUAAAACAUGCAGCUAUUAGAAAUAGAUGUUAAGUGUUCUUAAAAUAAAUGCCAAGAAGUUUGAUUAUAGAUCCUUUUUGCCAUUCUGUACAAUUGGAGAAAUAGCACUUAUGGUCUUUGGCUGAACUGUGAAGCGAUUCUAUAAAGGAAAGUACUUUCAUUUAAAGAGACAGUUUACCCCAAAAUGACAAUUCUGUCAUCAUUUACUCACCAUAGAGCCAUGUGAAGAUAUUUUGAGAAAUGUUUAGAAUUUUUCCUCAAUGGUCAACCAAACGGUUUACAGACUGGUUACCAGCAUUCUUUAAAAUAUCUUCUUUUGUGUUUCACAGAGGAAAGAAAUUUGAGAAUUUCCAUUUCUGUGUAAGCUAUCCCGUAAAAUAAUAAUUAUUACAGUAUUUAAGUCCUUAACUUAGGUUGCAUCUAGCACUGAAAUCAAAUGAAUAUUCAGUAUUAAAAAAAUAGACAGCUUCUGACUGUUCAAACUGUACUGUUCUUUUUACAAGCUAAAGGAAAGUCACGAUUCAUUUUUGUGGCAUUCAGUAGCAUGUUACAGAUACCAUAAAGCUUAACUUGUACAAAACAUUUUAAUUCCCAGGCAGUUCAUUCUCGGCUCUAUACAGCUGGAGCAGUAGCACUUAUUCUUAUCUUGGGCAAAACUGUGAAAUAACAAUUCAGACAAUACUACCAAAGUCCAUUAAAGGGGACAUCGGAUGCCCAUUUUUCACAAGUUGGUAUGAUUCUUUAAGGUCUUCAUGAAAUGUCUGCAACAUACUUUGGUUAAAUUUCCUCAGCGGUCUUGUAAAAUAAUUUUUACCUCAUCAAAAACAGUUCUGUUCACAGUGACGUUUCAGUGCAUGUCUCUUUAAAUGCUAAUGAGCUACUCCACCCCUCUCCAAUAUAUCCAUAUAUGGUUCAGAGGCGGUCUUAUUGGAAUAGCUAGCUAUCUACAUAGAAACUGGCUGCAAAUUGAAACAGCUGCUGGAUGACACAGUUUCAAAAACUUCCAAAAACUGUCUGGAAGGUUUUUUUUUUUUCAGCUUUUCUGAGCUGGCAGACACGGCAGUUACUUAACUAAAUACAAAAAAACUAAAAAAAAAAAACUAAAAAAAAAAAAAAAAAAAAAAAGGGGGAAAAAUUUAUCCAAUGUCCCCUUUAACAUACAAAAAAAUACUGACAUGCAGUAUAACAUUUGAAGUAUAAUUUUAUGAACGAAGAAGGUAUUGUUCGUAAAACCAACAGACUGGAGGAACAGGGUAGUGCUUUUGGUAUUGUUAAUAGGUAUAACCUUUAAUUGACUUUAACUUCACAGCACUUCGACUUCACGGUAUUCAAAAUCGAUGUUUUGUAAAACUAGUAUGUAUUUUUUGUGAGAUGCAGGGUAGAUCUCAUCCACCGCACCAUAGUCUUGAUAAGAACCCAGUCAGUUUUAGGGGGAAAAAAGCCAAAUGAGGGCAUUUGCUUACAUUUCAGCUCAGGCUACUUGUUUUGUUCAGUUUAAGCUCUGAAUUUUUUCCAUAUUAUUCUACAAGUUGCAUGUGACCAGCUAAAUAGGACCUCUUGGCUUCAUGUGUUGGACUUUUACCUUUUUAGAUUAAAAAAAUAUAUAUAUAUGUGAAGAGCCCAGCAGAAUAAACAAAUGGCACUUGGAUUUUGAGUUCAGAAGACGAAAGUAUAAAAGCGACUAGUUAUAAUUCUCGUUUUAAACUGUUUUGUUCAACCACUCAAUUGUGUGCUCACUUCUGACACUGUGAUGAGAAUCUGAUUUCGUCUAUUGUGGUCUCUUCAUGUUUCUGUAUCACUCGUUUAUGUUGUGUUUAGUUCGAAAGAGAUCUAAAGUACUGUAGUGCUGUGUGAGCAUGAGGUAGUUCACAUCCAUCAGUAUUUUAUUGUGAGCGAGCAUGCUAUAAUGCUUUAUCCAGUGGCUUGUGCAAUAUGUGACAGUAUUUUCAUGAUGGGAGGAAAAGAAACGCUACGGUACAGAAGAAAUCUGAAGGACAUAAUAGGGUCAAACAAGGGCUCAACCUACUUCACAUGUGAUUUUAUUAAUGUAUCUAUUUGUUUAUUUAUUAUAAAUCGAAUCUGAGACAGUGUUCCUAUGUAUUUCAUUGUCUCGUAUCAGUACCAACUAAUAUACAAUGUUCACAUCACUGGUUCAGAUCAUCAUUUAUAAGAAUAUACAAUGUUUUUGGACUGACUGAAAAUAUAAAGAUGGAUGACACUAAAAAUAAGAUUGAUAGGCUAUUACUUAGUUUGCUACCAUAUUUCAGAUAAUAAUAAUAUUUGGCCAGUUGUGUAAAUAUUUGGCAGUAUGUCAGUAUCAGGUUCGAUUUUAAAAUAUACAAUAUGAGUGGCCGUAUCAGUACAGUAGCGUUCAUAUUUGGCUUUUUAAAUCAGUAUACAUCUGAUUAAGCCAAUAAUAAAGCACAUACUAUAAUAUCAACAUCUAUAUAUAUAUAUAUAUAUAUAUAUAUAUAUAUAUUCAAACUACACAGUUAUUCAUCUAUUCUACAUUGUUAUGUGUGCUACUUCAAGACUGAAGAAUAGAGUUUUGUAAAAUGAAAACAAGUAUUUAUAAUAUCAGCCAUCGUACCAGCCUUUGGUCAUUACAUUAAAAUAAAUAUCAGCUGUUGUAUCAUAAAAAAUGGUAUAAUGAUGCAUAUCUAGAAUGAAUAGUUCUGUGAAUUAGGUUGGACUCUAGAAAUGUAGGUGUGCCAUUACAGAUGUGACAAUCGGAAGAAGAACAAAGCUAAAGGUUUUUUGUUCUAUUGUUUGCUGUUUCUUAAUAAUAAUGAGUAUAAUUUGUGCUACUGUUUAAUGUUCUGUUAAAAAAAUAUUGAAUUUGUUUUCUCUAGACUUAAUUAUCUUAAUGUCUGUGCCUUUCUCUUGAAACAUUGUCGUCUGUAUUACACUUGUGAUACUUUGAGAUCUGAAGUCUCACGCGAUCCUUGCUGCUGUAUGUGAUGUUCUGAACAAUACAAAUGAGAUUAGAAUUGAUCACUAAAGAUUGAUUUGUUAAUGAUAUACUUGUUUUCCAUCUCUUGUGGCUUUUACAGCAUUAUUAAAAUCUGAAUGGUCAUUCAUUUGAUCAGA